CAAGGUCAGGGCUUUUUCUCUGGUCGGAGAAGCCAAGAUCGCGACCGUGACCCUGUAGGUUCGAGGCUGCGCGCUAUGGCUGCUGUGUCCAUGUUGCUGCUCCGCGGGUCCGCCCUGUUCCGCCGCUGCCCACGGGUGCCCGCGGCCCGCACCUACGCGGCGGGUGGUGACUUUGAAUACAUCAUUACCGGGAAGAAAGGGGAGAAGAAUAACGUGGGGCUGGUCCAGCUGAACCGGCCAAAGGCCCUGAAUGCACUUUGCCAGCCUCUGAUAAAUGAGCUUAACCAGGCUCUGAUAGCAUUUCAGAAGGAUCCAUCUAUAGGAGCCAUAGUCCUGACAGGCUCAGAAAAAGCAUUUGCAGCUGGAGCAGACAUCAAGGAGAUGUGCGAUUUGACUUUCCAGUCUUGCUACUCUGGAGUAUUAUUAAAGGACUGGGAUGCCAUCACACGAAUCAAGAAGCCAAUCAUAGCUGCUGUCAAUGGUUUCGCACUUGGGGGAGGCUGUGAGCUUGCUAUGAUGUGUGACAUCAUCUACGCCGGUGAGAAGGCUCAGUUUGGGCAGCCAGAGAUCCUGUUAGGGACCAUCCCAGGUGCUGGGGGAACUCAGAGACUUAUCCGGGCAGUUGGAAAGUCUUUGGCCAUGGAGUUGGUCCUUACAGGUGACCGAAUCUCAGCUCAAGAAGCCAAGCAAGCAGGCCUCGUCAGCAGAAUAUUCCCUGUGGAGAAGCUGGUUGAAGAAGCCAUACAGUGUGCUGAAAAAAUUGCCAACAAUUCUAAAAUUGUUACAGAAAUGGCCAAAGAAGCGGUGAAUGCAGCUUUUGAGAUGACAUUAGCAGAAGGACUUCGACUGGAGAAGAAACUCUUCUAUUCAACCUUUGCCACAGACGACAGGAAAGAAGGAAUGAGCGCAUUCGUGGAGAAGCGGAAGGCCAGCUUUAAAGACAAAUAACUACUGACGUACACUUGAGAAGUGGCAAAGACACUUAGAUUUUUCUUUAGAAGUGAUUUUUUAAAAAAAUAAAACUCAUAGCUAUGGUACACAAGUAAACUAUAAGUGACACAAUGUGCCUCUGCUGAGACUGCAGAAUUGAUUCAGGACAUCCUUUGCUGAUUCAGAGAGCAUGUCCUUCUGUACUUUGGUUCACCAGGAUCCAAGGUCUUAUCUCAAGAUGCCAAAGUCAUUUAUUUGCCUUAAUGGAUCUGUUUCCAGGUGCAUCUUACCAGUCUGAUGUUAUUGUCUGGUGUUAGGUCAGAAAAUCUUCACUGGAAGUCUUUGGUGUUGUAUAUUAAAACAGCUUCACUUGACAUAAGGGAUUAAGAGUCUGGACCUUAUUUAAAUGACAUGGAUAAGCUGUUGAUUAAAAUGACUUCUUCCUCAUUA